CUAAAAACAUAUACUUUUAUUAUAGAAAAAAUGGGAAAAUGUUAAGGCAGAAAAGAUUUAAUGAAAUCACUUUAAAAUUCGCUAUGCAGGCUAAGAAGCGAUAUAUUUUACUUUUAUUUUCAUGUAGCUUACUUAUUUAUGGUUACUUGAGUGGAUUUCGCUUAAAAACUGAAUUGGCGCAAAAGAUUCGCCGUGAACAACUGCCUUCAUUUGCAACACUAGAAGAAUUAUACGAGGCCCCUUCUAGACAAAAAAGGAGCCCGCAUGCUACAGUAAAAUCAUGUCGUAUGGAGACAUGCUUUGAUUUUUCAAAAUGUGGUGAUGAGCCUAAAGUUUAUGUUUAUCCCACUGAUGGCCCAGUCAGUGCUACUUAUCGUAAAGUAUUAUCCGUCUUAAGAGAAUCGAGAUAUGCCACACGAGACCCAAAUGAGGCAUGUUUGUUUUUACCAGCUGUGGAUACUUUGGAUGCUGAUCCUUUGUCACCAGAACAUAUACCUGAUGUAGCUCAAAGGUUAUCAAGGUUGCCUCAUUGGAAGAAUGGUCGUAAUCAUAUUAUAUUCAAUUUAUAUGCUGGCACCUGGCCUGAUUAUGCUGAGAAUGCAUUAGGUUUUGACCCAGGUGAAGCAAUUUUAGCAAGAGCAAGUGCCUCGGAAACUAUUUUCCGCGAUGGCUUUGACAUAUCAUUGCCUUUGUUUCAUAAAGAGCACCCUGAGAGAGGAGGUGCUGCACCUGCUGCCACUGCUAAUCCUUUUCCAGCACCAAAAAGACAUUUAUUAGCAUUUAAAGGAAAACGAUAUGUGCAUGGUAUUGGGAGUGAGACAAGGAACUCAUUAUGGCAUCUACAUGAUGGUAACAACCUCAUAUUGGUAACAACAUGUCGACAUGGAAAGUCCUGGAAGGACCUGAGGGAUGAGAGGUGUGAUGAAGACAAUAGAGAAUAUGAUAAGUUUGAUUAUGAACAGUUGUUAGCAAACUCAACGUUCUGCUUAGUCGCUAGAGGGCGGCGCCUCGGGUCUUACCGAUUCUUAGAGGCGCUGGCUGCUGGCUGUGUUCCUGUUUUAUUAAGUAAUGGUUGGAGGUUACCGUUUGAUGAACGUAUUGACUGGCGUCGCGCUGUAAUAUGGGCUGAUGAGCGUCUUUUGCUUCAGGUGCCAGAGCUUGUACGUUCAGUUCCUCCUGAGCGUAUACUUGCUUUGCGACAACAAACGCAAUUAUUAUGGCAACAGUACUUUUCUUCUAUUGAGAAAAUAGUUUUUACGACAGUAGAGCUGUUAUUUGAGCGAAUUUUAGCGCAUCGGUCGUCGAAACAACGCGAGGCACUUAUCUGGAAUGCGUCACCCGGCGCUCUGGGCACUUUAGCUACAUACGGGGACUCCCGGGCACAUUACCCGAUGGGCGUAGCAGUACCGGUGGCUCCCCCCGCGCCCUCGCCUCCACCCAUCCCUCUGCCCGUGCCGUCCGUACCAUCCAUAGCACCGCCCCCAACGCCCGGAGACACUUACACCGCCCUGUUGUACGUCCAAGCAACAUCCCCCGCCUUACAUAAACUACUUGCAAACAUAGCUAGCAGUGAAUACUGCGAAAAGGUAGUGUUAGUGUGGGACAGUGAACGCGCGGCCCCGACACUCAAGUCGCUAGCGCGCAUGGCGGGCGAUGACCGUGAGCCGCUACCCGUGGUUGUUAUCGAUGCCACCACUCAUUACCCCGGUGAAGGUGUAUCAGCGAGAUGGCAGCCGCUGUGGGCCGUCCCCACGGCAGCGGUGUUCUCCUUAGACGGAGACGCGCCGCUGUUGGCAGAGGAGUUGGACUUCGCCUUCCGCGUGUGGCAGCACUUCCCAGAGCGCAUCGUGGGCUACCCAGCUAGAAGUCAUUACUGGGAUGAGGCCAAGGACGCAUGGGGAUAUAGCAGUAGAUGGGGCGGUGCGUAUUCCAUGGUGCUGCCGGGAGCAGCGCUGGUGCACCGCGCGGCGCUCGCGCUGUACGGCGCCGGCGCGCCCGCGCUGCGCCUGGCCGUGCGGCGCGCGCGCAACUGCGAGGACAUCUUGCUCAAUUGCCUCGUCGCGCAUCUCACGCGCCGCCCGCCGCUCAAGCUGGCGCAGCGGCGACGUUACAAGCCUCCGCACCAUAAAUACAGCAGGUCAUCGUGGAGCGACCCGGAGCACUUCGUGCAGCGACAGUCGUGUCUGAACACAUUCGCGACGGCGUGGGGCUACAUGCCGCUGCUGCGCUCCGUGCUGCGCCUCGACCCCAUACUGUUCAAGGAUCCCGUCUCCACGCUCAGGAAGAAAUACAGGAAGAUGGAACUGGUGACCUCGUAAACUUACCUUCUACCAUAUAUACAUGUUUCGAUGUCUUUGUCUUUUUUAAUCAAAACUUUAGAAAAGA